AUGGCUUCCAAUCUGCCUGCUUCUGUGGGCGCGGGGGCCUCACCCCCUCAGAGCGUUGAGGCGAUCACUCGAUCAGCCCAGGAUUAUGAAUAUAACCCGCAUAUCCCACUUAAAUACUGGCUGAGGACAGCCGCAACGCUCAUUCGAGAGGCCCGCAUUUACGAACGAGAAGGACACGAUGAGCAAACCUAUCUUUUACUAUUCAGAUACGCCCGGCUCGUGCUGGUUAAUCUUUCUGAGCACCCCGAUUCGAAGGAGGAACACAACCGCAAGGGUCUGGUGGAAGCAGAGAAGGAGGUCAAAAUAAGUCUUAAAAAGCUGGAGGAGCUGAAACCACGAAUCAAUAAACGGUACGAGCGUUAUACUCAGUUGAUGCGGGAUCGUCAGUCUCGAAAACUGCCUCCUGCUACAAGCAUUGCUCCUUCUAUUCACAGACAACCUCAUGACCCCGCAUUGGCGGGCGUUGCCGAACCGUUGGAAGCUGGCGAGAAUAAGGAUCUGGCAGUUAGACUGGCACGAACAGAAAUUAGUCGAAGGGCGACAGUUAAAAAGGCAAUACGACAAGCUGGGAUAUCGCCAGAAGAGGAACACAGCCGACGUACCGCGGGCGUAUGGGGCGACUGGGAAAAUGCUUUUGACCGCGACGAACGAAAAACCGAUGAUGACCUGAGUAAACGAAUCCAAGAAGUGAAAGUCAACAUGGACAGUGCGCAAGCUGAGAAUUACCGUCAACAAAAGUCCACGAAACCUACUGGGCCGCAGCCUAUUGUGCCCUCUUCUGGGUCAGCUUACAAGUACCCAACCGUGCCCCGACAAAGACCGUUGGUUCCUGCUACACCAACAGUAGACCAAUGCGACGAAAGCUAUACUCGUUCCGAGCCUCCGCUUCUGCCUCCAAAAGAAGGGUUUGAGAGCAACGGGCUUAUUGGCUUGGAUGGCCCACCGCCACGUCCGAGCAAGUUAUCACCAUCGCCAGCACCAGCUGUUCCGGAUAAGGUACCAACACCGGUAAAUGGAGAAUCCUCGCACCCAGACCUAGAUCCAUCCAGUUUUACUUUCAAACCAUCUGCUUAUCUCGAGAACGGUACCCCCCUUCGUACCGUCUUUCUUCCCCCUGAUCUACGAUCACGCUUUCUGUCACUGGCUAGCUCCAACACACGCCAAAACCUAGAGACAUGUGGUAUACUCUGUGGAACUCUGAUCUCGAACGCCCUAUUCGUCUCCAGGCUGCUUAUCCCAGAGCAGACAUCGACAUCGGAUACUUGUGAGACUGUGAACGAGUCGGCGAUUUUUGACUACUGCGACAAGGAGGAUUUGAUGGUGCUGGGCUGGAUUCACACUCACCCAAGCCAGACUUGUUUCAUGAGCUCGAGAGAUUUGCACACCCACUGCGGGUACCAAGUGAUGUUGCCUGAGAGCAUCGCGAUUGUGUGCGCCCCAAGUAAGACACCUGACUGGGGUGUGUUCCGAUUGACGGAUCCGCCAGGGCUGAAAACUGUGCUCAACUGCACCCAGCCUGGUCUGUUCCAUCCACAUGCAGAGUCGAAUGUAUAUACGGAUGCACUGAGACCAGGCCAUGUCUUCGAAGCCAAGGGGCUGGAAUUUGAGACGGUCGACCAGCGUUCAAAGGGUUGCUAA